GAUUGUGUUUCGGAAUCCAUUGAAUGAGUGGUGAUUUGAUUGAUAUAUCGAUCGAUUGAUUGACCGAUUGAUGGUGUGAUCAGUUGUGAUGCCAGCCGUGGGUAACAUUUAUGGGCAGCGAUCGCAGCCUUCGUGUUGGGAUCGAGUGAAGUAUGGCUUUGCAAUGGGUAUGUGUGUGGGUCUGGCCUCCGGAGGCGUGUUUGGGGGCGUCAAUGCUCUGAGAUUAGGACUUAGAGGUCGAGAACUGGUGUCAUCGAUGGCAAAGGUGAUGAUUCAGGGCGGCGGCACUUUCGGCACAUUUAUGGCCAUUGGAACCGCCAUCAGGUGCUGAAGCGCUCAUCACUACACCAUUGUUGUCAAACAAUGCAAUUAGUGUUCACUUAUAGACAAUACUAUAGAUUAUAUGAAGGAUUGAAUCAAUAAUGCUGUAAAAGUGCCCAAAACUCGUCAUUUAAAUAAUUAAAUAAACAAUAAAUUGUUUUUAUUUUGUAUUGAAUUGUCUUAAAAUAAAUCUAUUAUACAAUAACUAUAGAUAA